AUGGCACACUCGUUCAACCUUAGCCUUGGCCUCGAAGGUACACAUGUACUGAUCACUGGAGGCUGCGGCUUCAUCGGUCGUGUGGUGACGGAGGCUUUCCUGGCCGCAGGCGCUAAUGUCUCCAUCGUGGAUUUACCAGAAGCCGUCGCAAAUCGGCAGCACUAUGGCGGCAGACACAACUCCAUACUCUUCUUACCUGCCGACAUAUCGCAGCCCGACUCUGUCAGCAGUGCGUUUUCGAAGGCUGAGGAUGGCUUCGGUGCAGUGGAGUGCUGCAUUGCGUUGGCAAGUACAGAUCUCAGCAGCUUGCAGCAGACAGAAAGUAUUUGCGAUAUGGACCCCAAAAUAUGGCAGGACGUCUUCAACGUUAACAUCAACGGUACCUUUCUCACGGCGCAACGCUGGCUUCGCGGCAUCCGAUCUGCGUUGAAAGAUCCCAUUGCAGCGCCGAAUCUUCGAAACGUCAACCUCAUCAUUAUGGGAUCCGAGUCGGGCAAGUUUGGCGUGCGUACCAUGGCUGCUUAUGCGGCAGGUAAAGCUGCAGUGCAAUAUGGUCUGCUACAGUCAUUGGCGCAAGACGUUUCGCGGAUUUACAUCAAAGGUCGCGUCAAUGGGGUGGCGCCGGGUGCUGUCAAUACCACUCGAUUUCAGGAAGAGUGCGAGCGCUAUGGAAUGCAGUGGGAGUAUGAAGAGUGCCAAGCUACUGUUCCCAUGGCGAAGCCUGUGGCGCUGGAGGAUGUCGCCAGGACGAUUUUAUUCUUGGCCAGUGAGAGAUGGAGUGGUUCUACUCAUGGCCAGCUUCUGCACGUGGACGGAGGGAAGACGGGUAGUUUGGUAUGGCAGCCUGGAGAGGCGGCGAUAAGAUGUGGCUAA